AUGAAGCUCACCACAACGCUUUCGGUGACUGCGCUUACGAUCGGUGCUGUGACUUUAGGAUAUGCUGUAUACUUUGACUACAAGAGGAGGAAUAAUCCUGAAUUUCGCAAGCAGCUGCGCAAGCAAUCGAAGAGUCUUGACAAGGCUGCGAAGCGCGAGCAAAAAAUGCAGGCGCAGGAGCAGGAGGCGGUGAUGGACCAGGCUGUGGAAGACGUGACAAAGCCAGGCGUGCUGCCUGCGGGCGUACAGGAGCGUGAGAGCUUUUUCAUGGAACAGGUCGCGGUUGGAGAGGCUUUGUUUGCGCAAGGACCUUCGUACCAUGUGCCUGCUGCCAUGGCCUUUUUCAAGGCGCUCAAGGUGUACCCCGCGCCGGUUGAGCUGGUCAUGAUUUAUCAAAAGGCAGUGCCGAAGGAGGUAUUUGACGUGAUUAUGCAGCUUGUUGCGAAAGACGCAGCAAAGAACGGCACAGCUUCUGCAGCGAGCAUGACGGGCUCUACCAUCGACGAUGUCGACGACGAUGUGCCGAGUAAGAGCAGUGAGCCUGCAAAGGAGCAGUCACCUAAGAAAUCUGCAAACGGCAGCACAGAAGAGACUCCUGCCCAGAUACAGUGA